AUGGCUCCCAUCAAAGUUGCAAUCCUCGGCGCUACAGGCGAAACAGGCGGCUCCAUCGUCAAUGGCCUUCUCGAAUCCUCCACCCCUUUCGAAGUCGCAGCCCUGAUCCGCCCCGCCUCUCUGACAAAACCCAAAACCCUCGACCUCCAGAACCGCGGUGUGGCCAUCAUCCCUUACGACACCUCCACCAACGCGCAGCAAGAUGACGAACAAGCCAUAAAAUCCCUCCGCGGAAUCGACAUCGUCAUCGCGGCCGUCGGGCCGGACGGGAUGGACGCCCAGCUGGCUCUGGCGACAGCGGCCAAGGCGGCGGGCGUGCAGCGCUUCGUGCCGUCCUUCUUCGCCACAGCGGCGCCGCCGAGGGGCGUGGUGGAUGUGCGGGGCAAGAAAGAAGACGUCCUGGACCACGUCAAGAAGCUGGGCCUCGGCUACACGGUCAUCGACAUCGGCUGGUGGAUGCACGGCUUCGUGCCCGCGCUGCCGUCCGGCCGGACCGAGUACGUACGCGUCGAGAUCUUGACGAUGAAAGGAGGUCCGAACAUACUUCCCGGCAACGGCGACGUGCCAACGGCGGUGACGGCAACAGAGGAUGUGGGGCGUUUCGUCGCCCGCGUCAUUGUGGAUGAGCGGACGCUGAACAAGAUGGUGUUCGUGUACGGCGAGGUCGUGACGCCGAAUCAGGCGUACGAGCUGAUGGAGAGGCUGAGCGGGGAGAAGAUUGAGCGGAGAUAUCUUGAUGGGCCCGAGAUCAUGGCCGAAAUUCCGGACGUGAAGGAGGCGCUUGCCAAUGGCUCGGCUGAUAUGCUGGCUAUCCUCAAACACCAUGUUCUCCAAUACUACUACUCGAUAGGGGUCCGUAGGGACAACAACCCGGAAUAUGCGGAGUAUUUGGGGUAUUUGGACGGGAAGAAGUUGUAUCCGGAUCUGAAGGGGGUCAGUUUGGAAGAGUUUUUCCAAAGUAUCCUCGAUGGGAAGGCGAAGAGGCCUUACACUAAUCACAGCUAA